AUGUCGCUUCGCGUGCAAAUCCCCUAUUUCUCGACACCGACCCUGCUACAUUCGCCGACUUACUCGCCUACUUCCGCACAGCCCUCUACCCGCUCUUCUGCACGUUAUUUCCGCGUCAGGGAUCUCGAGUCGUGGCUAGCGCGUAAGGCUUACCUUUCUGUCGUAACUGUCGACGUCCGCCUCCGCAAAGCUGAGGCGCUCGGCCGCCAGCCGUUCACAGGCAGCAUAUCCUCCAGGGCACCAGACUCUCACCGUCGGGCGGCAGUUGCAGGCCGCGAGGUUGUGUGGACGUGCCCUUCUGGGAACGGUGAGCAUGAUGGAGACUCCCUAAUGUGCGAGGUUGAGGGCUGCUGUGGGAGCAUGAUGACGAACAGUGCCAAAGAUCGCCCUGAGCAGAGGGUUCUGAUGGAUGUGGUGAAGAUCAUCACGGAAGAGAGAACGUAUAGUUUGGACGAGAAGAUGCUAUGGUCUUGGGAGGACGAAGGUGAACGAGGGCAGUAA